CGCGUGUUUCUGCUUCUGCUUAUCUUCUUCCUCCCGAAAGCCCCCCCCCAAGCUGCCGAUUGUUUCCCCUUGAGAAACUCGGCAAAAGCUUGAAAAUUCUCCUUCUUCUCUUGUUAAAUAGCAAGCAUAGAACCCAGAAAUCCUUUCCCCCAUCUGCAGAAAAUCCCGAUUCUGCUCUGUUCCGUCCCCUGUAGCCGGCCGAAGCUCCCCAGCCACCGCCACCCAUUUUUUGGCCGGAACACCGGCAAAGCUCGGGGAUUUCUCCCUAUUUUCUUGUUCUAGACACCUAUUAAACCCAGAAUUUUCCAAAUCUGGUCUGCUCUUCUUCCCCCGUCCGUGAGCUGCUCUUGUCGGUGGAGAGCUUCUCGGUCUUUCUGAUUUCCGUGAGUUUCCCUGCAAAUCCCGCCGGCCUCCUUCCCAAACUGCAGCUCCGGUUUCCUUGCUUGUAAAUUCUGGUUUUGAUCGUUCUGUCACCGUGGCACUUGGGUUAGCCUUUUGUUCUGUGCGAGUGAGGUAAGUAAAUUAUGGUAAAGCCCUUUGAUUUUAAAGCAUGUUUUAAACUGUUUUUGAGAUGGUGGCAAGCUUUAAACUGAUUUUAUCAGUAUUUAAGUAUGAUUAAACUGAAAUACUUCAAACUUCAUCUCUUUUUCUUCAUGAGAUGCAAUCUUCAUCUAGGAUGUGGUUUUCCAAGACAUAAACUUCGUCUUCUCUUUUCUGAGAUGCAAACUUCAUCUCUUCUUCUUGAGAUUUUUCCAAGACGCAAACUUCAUCUUUUCUUUUUCGAGAUGCAAGCUUCAUCUCUUCUUUUUCCUGAGACGCCAUCCUCAUCUCGGAUGCAAUUUUCAAGACGCAAACUUUGUCUUUUCUUUUUUGAGAUGCAAACUUCAUCUCCUCUUCUUCCUAAGAUGCAAUCUUCAUCUAGGAUGUGAUUUUUCCAAGAUGCAAACUUUGUCUUCUCUUUUCUGAGAUGCAAACUUCAUCUCUUCUUCUUCUUGAGAUGCAAUCUUCAUCUAGGAUUUAAUUUUCCAAGACGCCAACUUCGUCUUCUCUUUUCUAAGAUGUAAACUUCAUCUCUCUUUUUUUUUCCUGAGAUGCAACUUCAUCUAGGAUGUAAUUUUCUAAGACGUAACUUCGUCUUUUAUUUUCUGAGAUGCAACUUCAUCUCUUUUUCUUCCUAAGACACAACUUCAUCUAGGAUGUGAUUUUCUAAGAUGCAACUUCGCCUUUUCUUUAAUGAGAUGCAACUUCAUCUUUUCGUCCUCCUGAGACGCAACUUCAUCUAGGAUGUGAUAUUUCAAGACGCAAACUUCGUCUUUUCUUUUAUAAGAUGCAAACUUCAUCUCUUCUUCUUCCUGAGAUGCAACUUCAUCUAGGAUGUGAUUUUCUAAAACGCAACUUAAUCUUUUCUUUUCUGAGGUGUAACUUCCAAGGUUUUUAAAACCGAACCGAUCAUUGAACCAUUUUUGGGUUCGAUUUUUGGUUUGCUCGGUUCAAUCGAUUCAACCGGUGAACCGAUCGAUCCAAACAACAAGGGAAAUCUGAUGAGAAGGGCAGGAAUUUUGUAAUUUUAUUAAAAUUAAGGGUUAAAA